AUGGUUAUUAAGUCGAUCAUACUUCAGGAGCUUUUGGCUAGUUUGGGUGUCCAGAUGGUCAUGGUUUCCUUUGGAUCUCAAAAAGGGGCUGCCAGAUGGAAAAGGGAAACUGGCUGCACGCACACUGUAGUCACUGACCAGUCCAGGAAGUUUUACAACUACUUUGGACUGCGUAUCUCCUUCUCGAAGGUGUGGGGCUCUCAGACUAUGCAUUACUACGCUGGUCAGAUCCAACAGGGCAAGCAGUUCCUGAAACCCUUCGAAAAUGAGGAGGAUGACCCACUCCAGAUGGGAGGAGAUUUUCUAGUCGACAAGUGCGGGAAGCUCCUGAUGUGUUAUCCCCAGAAGUACGCAGCUGACAGACCUUCUAUACAGUCCAUCAUUAACUGUGUGCAAAACGCAACUCAAUAG